AUGUCGGCCAAUACUGAGGAGCUUUACAACGGAUGCGACACCAUCGCCGCUCUCCAAAAGUUAGCGCAUUCUGAUGAACGCUAUCGAACCUACCUCUCUCCGUGGCUCCAAAAAGCACAACAACACGUUGCAGCAAUCAACCCGCCACCAGCUCCAAGCAAACUCAAAGCACUCGGCUCCAAACUAUCAGUCUCUCUCCUCAAGAAUCUUACUCCUUGCCAGAGACUGGUAAUCGAGUUCGGUGUCAGACAUGCACAAUCUGAAAUCCCUUUCCAGCUCUACCAUUUGACCCAAAAGGGCAUCGGAGACGAGCUUGAGCUUGUGCCCUCUCUGUUCAAAACGAUCGUAAAAGGAAAAGAUGAUAAACUUGAACUGCACGGCUAUAUCAAAGCUCACAUGGACGAGGCAAAACGCCGUCUAUGGGAUUUCGAGGACGAAGGACUGGCGUGGAUGCUCGACGAGGACAUCGACGACAUCCUACACGAUCUGAAGUACGACAGAUUGGACAGGGAUAGAGUAAGGAUGGAAUUGGGGGACGCGAGAACGAAAGCGAAAAGGGCGAAGUGGACUACUCUUUUCCUGGACCACAUUUUCCGACUCGUGCGCGUGGUGGAGAACUGUCAGCAGCCAGGCGAUGCCCACACGAGAAGGGGGAGGAACGACGACGAGGAGAUUGAGGUGGCUAGGCUGCUUCUUCCAUAG